AUGAGUGAGGGGAGGGAGUCACGGGUUGGGUUUUGGAAAAUUGGGGAUUUUGUUGUGGAAGAUGAAGGUCGUUGUGGUGUUGAUCUAGCUGAAAUGGGCGACGGGUUUGUGAAGGAGGAGACCCAUUUGGGAUUGAAUUUGGGGAAAGAGAAUGCUGGUGCGAUUUGGGAUGUAAGUGAUGUUGGGGUGUUGCAUUUGGUUUAA